AUGGAAGUGAAUGGAGAGACACUAGAAAUAGCUCAUUUAAGAGAAAAUGAACACACAGGCCAAUGUGACCUCACAUUUUUUCUAAGAACUGAAGUACCAGACGUAAACUUGGAGUUAUGUGAAGAAAUUAAAGCUGUGCGAGGAAGUUCAGAUACUGUAAUUUCCAUGAUUGACCACAUAAAAAACAAGUUGCAGAAAAUUAUACAAGAUAAGCUGAAUGCUUCCUCUGAAGAGGAGAAAGAAAAUCAACAAAAAAUCAAUAUUCCAGUCAGGAUGAAAAGAUCUGGAAAAGAUCUUAAAGAAAAUACAUGUGUGAAAAAUUUACUGAAGUCUCCUGAAUCCAAUGAUCCUAUCAUAUUUGAGGUGUUCAGCCAGAAAUAUGUUCUGUUGUGUAAUACACCAUUGGUGAAGACCAUGAAAUUACUUCGGGUCUUCUAUGUUGGAUAUGUAAUUCAACCUAUAAAGUUUUUUUCAAUUUAUACUGACCGUAAUAAGUGCAUUUUCACAUGGUCAAAAUCACUGGACAAGAUUGAAUGGGAAAAAUGUGGUUCUGGCUACACCUAUCUCACCACCAAAGAAGAUGUGAAUCAUUUCCUGAAAUUGACUUGUAAACCUGUAAACACUGCAAAUAUUGAAGGGCCUAUUUUUGAAGUUAUUUCUGAUACUACAGUUGAAGAAAUGGAAGAAAUACCAAAUUGUCCAUUUGAAACAAGACAUUUAUUUACUAAAAAAGAAUUAGCUGGUUCAGAGCAGUUCAGAGUUGUUUCAUACAACAUACUAGCUGAAAGGUACACCUCAAUUGAUGAUAAUUAUUCUUAUUGCAGUCCCAAAUAUAUUGUGUUUGACUAUAGGAAACAGCUUCUAUGGAGGGAAUUAUCUGGUUUCAAUGCUGACAUAAUAUGCCUACAAGAAGUGGAUAGCAUUCACUACCAUAACUAUUUGAAACCCAAGUUCAAAGAACAACAGUUCAGUAGUACCUACAACAAGAAAGGAAACUCUAUUCCUGAAGGACUGGCUUGCUUCUUUAGGAAAAGUCGUUUCAGAUUCAUUGAAGCCAAUCACAUUGUUUAUGGCCAGGAGAUUUCCAAACUGAGAAUUUUCAAACCCAUUUGGGAACUGGUGAAGAAAAAUGAAGAUGUAAAAACUGAGUUCAUGAGAGUGUUGACUUCCUUGCAAGUGUUAAUUUUGCAAGUGAAAGGGCAUCGUAACAAACAUUUGCUAGUGGCUAACACUCAUCUUUACUACCAUCCUGAAGCAAAUCACAUAAGGCUGUUGCAAGCCACAAUGGCCACGGCCUACAUCAAUAUGCUGAAGAAAAGAUAUGCUAAAUCCAACAUUUCUGUGAUUUUUUGUGGAGAUUUCAACAGCAAUCCAUCAAAGUCAUUGUUUCCAUUCAUGAUCCAGGGAAAAAUACAUCCAUCUCAUGAGGACUGUUUAAAGAUAUCUCCAAAUGGAAGGGCUCUUCUCCAUCAUGAUUUCUAUUUUGAUAGUGCUUGUGAAACCUCAAAGUACACAAAUUACACACCGGAUUAUAAAGGCUGUCUGGAUUAUAUUUUUAUCGAAAACGGAAAGCUAUCCAUAGAAAACGUGGUUCCUCUCCCAGAUGAAGAAGAACUCUCAAAACAUGAAGGCCUGCCAAACAAAUAUUAUCCGUCUGAUCAUCUACCAUUGGUUGUUGAUUUGAAAUUCAAAUUGAGAUAG